AUGGAACUAAAGUUACCGACUGCGAUGGUCGUGGCUGGUGAUGGCCAGAAGCUCUCGAGACCAGAGACCAUGCUCCCUAUCGAAAAUCAACUCCUCAGACGCCCAUGGGGCAGCGUCUCCAAUCCUACUCAAGAAGUAUGCGUAGUGCUGGCACCUUCUGUCCGUCUUAGCGCCCGGCCGACCCACGGAUUAAAAGAUACGAGCACGCUUACGAUGGGACUCCUAUUCUCCCCUCUCUCCCUCCUUCGUAUCUCUACAACCCAGGCCAAUGCAAUUAUAUCGGAACUGCGGUGGAUCAAUUUGAGUAAUUUAAAGGAAGCCUGCGUGUGCUGCUCCUCCUUUCCACUCUCUCCACCCCGUGGACCAAAGGAUCAGGAAGAUGCUGCGAUGAGAAGUAGUAUCAGAAGUUACAAUGCACCGUCUUCAUGCUUAGGAUCUUCCCAAGGCCGAGGUAAAUGGCGCAGCGACUCCACAAGAAGCGGACGACAAACUUCAUAAGGCCGAGAAAUCCUUCUUCCCGGUAACGACCAAUCUUACGAGCCGUAAUCCAAGCAAGUACAUUCCCAUGUGUCUCCUUCGCGCUCUCUCCUCUUCUUUCUCUACUCGCAAGAUGGCAACGACGCCAUUCAUGGAACCCGCAGCCUUAAAAUCCACGGUCUUUAAUCUACUAUACCUCCUACUCCUUUGGCCUCACUUCCUUCCCAACCGGUCUAAAAUAGAUUGACCCCAACCGCAUGGAAACCAAGACUAAAACCAACCACGCCCUUCUCGAUGCUUUUCCGACCUCUCCAAUUCGACAAUUGGAAAAGUGCACUCCCACAGGCUCCUCAAACACCUCCUCAACACACAACCGCGCUCGCGACACUCAAA